AUGAUAUUGGAUGAAGAAGAAUUGCCUUCUGCAUACAUUACAAAGCUUAAAGAAAAAUUCCAUCAGAAAGAUGCAAGUAAAUCAGAUAAAAUAAGUAUUCUGAGCCUUUUGCCAAAAAAUUGGAGUAUUCGCAAGGCAGCGCAAAUAUUUAACACGUCAAGAUAUCUUGUUAAAAAAGCGAGAAAUUUGGCAAUGGAAAAGGGAAUUUUAGCUAUUCCUGAAAUGAAAAAGAAACCAUUUCCUCCUGAAAUAAUCGUUCUGGUCAAACAAUUUUACGAACGUGAUGAUGUUAUUAUAAUGAUGCCAGGUCAAAAAGACACAAAGUCGGUGAAAAUUAAUGGGAAAAAGUGCACUGUACAAAAAAGAUUAAUAUUUGGGAAUCUCAGACACGUUUAUGAGAAAUUCAUGGAUGAAAAUGAAGAGAUCAAAAUAUGUUUUGCAAAAUUCUGCUCACUCCGACCAGAGCACUGUAUUUUUGCUGGUUCCGGUGGUACGCACAAUGUUUGUUUAUGUCCGAUUCAUGAAAACAUGAGAUUAAUGACAUCAGGCAGUCAAUUGGUUAAACUGAUGAAAGACAAAAAUUAUAGUGUGGCCCAUUACGAAGAUGUGUUGCUGCAUUUUAUGUGUAAAAAUCCAAAGGAAGAAUGUUUUUUUGGGAAAUGUAAGACGUGUCCAACUACCAAUCAAAUGUCAAACAAAAUUUCUGAAGUUCUCGAAAAAAGUGGAGUCAAAAACAUCACGCACAAAAAAUGGGUAACAAAACCAAAAACAAGUUUGGAAAAAAUAACAGUCACUUCAGAAGAGUUUGUUAAAAGUUUUUGCAUAGCUGCAAGAAUAUUCCUGCAACAUUCUUUCAUCGCCAGAAAACAAGCUUCACAUUUUAAGUUCGUGAAAAAUAAUCUCGAAAAUCAUGAGAGUCUGAUAAUCUGCGAUUUUGCCGAAAACUAUGCCUUCGUUAUUCAAAACGCUAUAACGGGAUUCCAUUGGAAUAACGACCAAGCAACGAUAUUUCCAAUAGUUUUUUAUCACAAAAUCAAUAACAAAGUUGAACACAAAACAUUAAUUAUCAUUUCUGACUGCAAGAAACAUGAUGCAAUAGCUGUGUACGUUUUUCUCGAAGCCCUGAAUCAAUACUUUUCACAAAAUUAUCCACACAUACGGAAGUGCAUUUAUUUUUCUGACGGCGCUCCUCAGCAGUUCAAAAAUGUCAAACAUUUUGCGAAUAUCUUUUAUCACGAAUCCGACUUUCACCGCCCUGCACAAUGGCAUUUCCACGCAACGGCACAUGGAAAAGGACCUUGCGACGGUGCUGGGGGAACCAUCAAAAGAAUAGCACGCCGAACAAGUUUACAAAUGAUCACCGAUGAUCAAAUUUCCUCGGCAAUCGAACUGUACGAGUGGGCUAAGAAAGCUUCUUCUCUGCCUAAUAUCUCGGUGAUGUACAGGUCUUCGGAAGACUAUGCAAAAGCGGAAAAAUUCCUUCAGAAUCGUUUCGAAAAAUGCAGAACCAUAUCAGGAACACAAUCGUUUCACUAUGUUGAGCCAAACCAAGAUUGCAAAUUGAAAAUGAAAGUCUUCUCAUCCUGCGACACUUUCGACAUAUUGAGUUUCCAUAAAUCAGAAGACAAACGUGAAAACAAACGUAACUGA